AUGAUGAAGAGUUUCCUUCUGAUUGUGAAUAUCCUGGCAUUAACCCUGCCUUUUCUGGCUGCAGAUGUACAAAACCAGGAACAACCAGCAUGCCAUGAGAAUGAUGAAAGAUUGUCUGAUCAGAAAACAGUCUCAUAUGUCCCAAUUCAUUAUCUGAAUAGCUACCCUCAUUAUAAUCCCAACUACUACCAACCUAAUCCAGCUGUACCAAUUAAUAACCUAUAUAUCCCUCACCCGUAUUAUGCAAAACCAGUUGUAAUUAAGCCACAAACCCAAGUUCCUCAUCGGCAAGUCCUGCCAAAUAUCCAGCAGGCCACCAUGGUACGUCACCCAUACCUACAUCCAUCAUUUAUUGCUGUUCUCCCAAAGAAAAUUCAGCAUAAAACAACCACCCCUGCCAUCAAUACCAUUGCUCCUGUGGAGCCUACACCAAUUCCUGCCAUUGAACCAGUGCUGAACACUGUAGUCACUGCAGAAGCUUCCUCAGAAUUCAUCAUCGAAAGCAUCCCUGAAACCGCCUCAGUUCCAGCUAUUUCACCUGUGGUGUAA